GCCGAUUGAUCCAGCACCAGGUUCAACCCUGCAAGUGCAAAUGGAUGUGGAUGGUUGCAGUAAGACACUAAAUGAGGUUCGUUUCCUGGAACAUGUGCAGUGCAAAGUGUCUCUCCGUUUCUUCCCUCGUGGUAACCUGCGUAUUCUUCUUACUUCACCAAUGGGAACUACAUCUACACUACUCUUUGAACGUCCACGAGAUGUUGUCAGUUCCAAUUUUGAUGACUGGCCAUUCCUUAGUGUCCAUUUCUGGGGGGAAAAGGCAGAUGGCCGCUGGACUCUUGAAAUUAUUAAUGGUGGAAAUCGGCGAGUCAACCAACCAGGCAUCUUGAAGAAGUGGCAGUUGAUUUUCUAUGGUACAGCAACAAAUCCCAUCCGCUUACGACAAAGUUUACGACUGGGUAGUGCACCUGGUAUUCCAGUUUCUCAGGCUACUGCUUCACAAAACUCCUACAUCUUCCCAGACUCUCAACCAACCGGAUCUCCUGCUGAUGACUACUUCAAUGGCUUCAAUCCAGGCUUUCAAAAUUUUCCCAACAUCUAUAGUGUAUCAGGAAGCAACCCAGAAGCAUCAGUUGCUCCACUUGAAGGUGAUGAGAUUCCAGAUAAUGCAGUGCAAGUAACAUAUGAAAAAGAUAGUAGCAGCAUUGCAGGUAGUUUGAAGGUGUUGCAUACGUGUGAUCCAGAGUGUGACUCACAAGGCUGUUACGGAAAGGGACCUACACAGUGCAUUGCAUGCAAACAUUAUAAACUGGACAACACCUGUGUUAGUCGUUGCCCACCACGCAGUUUUCCUAGUCAGGGUGGUAUCUGUUGGCCAUGUCAUGAAUCCUGUGAAACAUGUGCUGGUGCUGGCCAAGACAGCUGCCUUACAUGUGCACCUGCUCAUUUAAGAGUCACUGACCUUGCAAUUUGUCUACAGCAGUGCCCUGAGGGAUAUUAUGAAAACGCUGAACAAAACACGUGUGUACCAUGUGAACCAAAUUGUGGUAGUUGUCAGGAUCGGCCAGAUCAUUGCACAAGUUGUGACCACCACCUGGUGCUAUACAAAAACAAAUGCUAUGCUGCCUGUCCUAUUUAUACAUAUGAAAUGGAAGAUUACACAUGUGCACCAUGUCAUGCAUCAUGUGAAACAUGUAAUGGGUCGAGUGAAACACAGUGCUUGACCUGCCGACCUGGCAGAUUUGAGCUGGCUGGAACAUGCCUAGCCAGUUGUCCUGAUGGAUACUAUGCUGACAAGAAACGACGUGAAUGUGUUCGCUGUGCAUUUGGCUGUGCCAGCUGCAGUGGUAAUGUUUGCUUGGCGUGCAAGGAAGGCUGGACACUCAACCGCAAAGGCAGAUGUGUUCCUGAAGGAAACGUUCAUUGUACUAGAUCUGAAUACUACACAUCUGGGCUGUGUGCACGGUGUCACGAAAACUGUGAUACCUGUUCAGGACCUGGAGCAGAUCGCUGCCUCUCCUGCGUCUCCCCACUGCUGCUGCAAGGUGCCUCCUGUGUGGUACAGUGUGAAGAAGGAAGGUACCCUGAGAGAGGAAUUUGCAUGCCUUGCCUGCACACGUGUACAGCCUGCGAGUCACGUACCAACUGCACCUCUUGUCGAGCAGGACUCCACCUACAGAGUGGAGAAUGCAGGGCAGCUUGUGCUGAUGGGUAUUACAGUGACAGGGGUAUCUGUGCUAAAUGUUACCUCAGCUGCAUGACUUGUAGUGGUCCUCGCCGUGAUCAGUGUGUGACAUGCCCAGCUGGGUGGCAGCUAGCAGCUGGAGAGUGCCAUCCAGAAUGUCCAGAAGGCUUCUUCAAAUCAGACUUUGGUUGUGAGAAGUGUCACCAUUAUUGUAGGACUUGCAAAGGUAAUAACAACAAUUCAGUAUGUUACCACACAAACUAUGUCACAGGUCUAAAUUUAAGCAAUACUUUGGAUCCAACACUCAUUUUAUUAAGAUAUUACCAGGAGUUAAGUAAUUCUCAGUUAGUAUCUGAGGGAUUUUUAAUGACAGGUAGCAAUGAAUUGGUAUCAAAACAUAUUUAUUACGAUUAA